UCGGGCGGGCCCCAUCCCAGCCAUCCUGCGCCCGCCGCCCGCCAUGAUGCAGCCGCCCCUCGAUCUCAAGCCUUUCCUCUCGUUCCCCAUGGAGGCGCAGCCGGCUGUGGGCCUCUUCCCGGGUUUCAACACGAUGGACCCAGUGCAGAAAGCAGUGAUCAACCAUACCUUCGGGGUACCUGUAGCCAAGGCCAAACGCCCCAUUAUCUCCUGCAACGUCUGCCAGAUCCGCUUCAAUUCUGAGAGCCAAGCCGAAGCACACUACAAGGGGAACCGCCAUGCCCGGCGAGUAAAGGGAAUUGAGGCAGCUCGGACGCGGCAGAAGGAAUCGGGAGCCCGUGAGGGAGAUAAGCCGGGACCCGUGGGCAGCCCGUCCUCCAGCACCGGGGAGAGCGAUUCUGACCGUGCAGCCGAGCAACUCAACGGCAUCGGGGGCUCAGGGAUGGUGCCCCCCGUGCCAGUAGCCAGCUCUCCAGACAAGCAGCAGCCCUGCCUGGCAUCUCCCGUGGCGGCGGUGGCGCCCCACGCCGCCCCCUGCCCCGAGCCCAGCCAGAGCUCCAAGAGCGGGCCAGCCUGGGGGACCAAAGCAGGGGAGAUCUCAACGACGGUUGCGGCACCGGCCACUCCGGGAGCGGCGCCCAGCAGCAACGGCAGCACCAAGCCCGAUGAGGAGAAGGCCAAGAAGCUGCUGUACUGCGCGCUUUGCAAGGUGGCUGUCAACUCGCUCUCUCAACUCGAGGCCCACAACAAAGGUACAAAGCACAAGACUAUCCUGGAAGCGCGCAGCGGGUUGGGGCCUAUCAAGGCAUAUCCACGCCUCAGCCCCACGGCUGGAGGGGAGCCAGGCAGCCAAGACCCCAGUGCUCAGGAGAGAACCUUCCACUGUGAAAUUUGCAAUGUCAAAGUCAACUCGGAGAUUCAGCUCAAACAGCACAUUUCCAGCCGGCGGCACCGGGAUGGCGUAGCUGGGAAGCCCAACCCUUUGUUGAGUCGGCACAAGAAGCAGCGAGGCAUGGCAGAGCUGCCAGGCGCCCUGGCCUUCCCCAAGGAGCUUCCCAAGUCACUGGCAGCUGGGCUGCUGCCCAGUCCUCUGGCUGUAGCAGCAGCCAUGGCAGCCGCUGCUUCCACGCCCCUGACACUGCGACCAGCCCCGACGGCAUCGCUGCUGCAGGGCCCACCGCUGACGCAUCCGCUUCUGCGACCAGCUCCGGGGCCCAUCCGAACUGCACAUGGACCCAUCCUCUUCUCGCCGUACUGAUGCCGCCUGUCCGCCCACCUGCCUGCCACAAUCCCAGGACUCCUGGCACCACUGGAACCGCCCCCUCGGCAACUAGCAACCGACCCCGGCAACGUCGCACGGCGUCCAAGCCUCAUCCAACGGGAGCGAUUUACCUUCUCUUUUGUUUUUCUUUUUCUUUUUUUAAAACUGGAAAUGGAAUUAUUUUUUCUGAGAAGAGAAAAGGGACAAUCCCACCCCUCCACACACCUACCGCCCCGCUCUCAACCCUCAUCUGGGGUCCCGGCCAAAUCUGCACAAGCGCUGGGUUCCCCCGCAGGCUGGGACGGGAUGUGUAACUUUGUGUGUGCGUGCGUGUACGCGUGUGUGUCGGUCCCAUCGCCUGAGGUACGAAAGGUUGGAGUGUGGUAGCGCCUCCCCCAGGACUCCGUGGGGCAUCGAAAGGGGGAGGCAGUUCUGGUACCUCAGGGACUGAUCAGCAAGCAAUCUCCUUUCAUCCCAGAGCUAAGGGGGCCUCCUGGGCCCCCCCACUCAUACAAGCCAUUGUCCACUUGCACUGAGAGGUGGAGGGGGGAUGUAUGUGUGUGUGUGUGUUUGUGCGUGCGUGUGCGGGACAGAAGACAGGGCCUCCGGAACAAGAGCCCCUACUGCAAUAAUGCUGGCCGGCACCUCCAUGUACAUAUCCCCCCAGUUUUCUCUCCUGCCCUCCCCCGUGCUGGCCCUCCCUUCACUGCGCUUCCAUGCAACGGGGCCCCGUGGGCCCCCCCACCACUGCACCUCGACAAGAGACUGGCAGAGCAAGAACUGUGCUCCCAAUUCCCGUGCCCCCUCCCCGCGCGCUAAGAGGCAGACAGAUAAUAAGAGCCCAGCAUAGACAGCGUCUUCUCCUCUUCAGAGCUCUGCACCUGGAUCGAGCACUUCUGCCCCCCCUCCCUUCAUGAAAGGGAAGGUCAAGGGAAACGGGGCUGCUUGCUUUUAACUUUUUUUUUUUAAAUUGACUGUUAUUUUGGUUUUAAGGUCGAUUUUUUAAAAGAUCAGAUCUGGAGGCUCCACAAAGGCUCCCUUAUCUGACUUUGGAAGACUGCGUCCCAUGGGAACACGGUUGCGUGGGGGGGGGUUAAAGAAUGGGACUCACCCUGCUCCUGAGGAGGAGUUUCUGGUCACCUGGCCAGGAGCGUAGGUUGUUUAGCGUAGCCUCCCAGCCCCUCAGUGAAGAAGGGGAGGGCCGUCUCAUAAGCAUAUGCUUGCCUCUGUCUCCCCUCUGCCUGUAGGCCUUUCCUUUGGGUAGUUUGUGCCGUUGCCAUGGUAGCACAACAUCUCCCCUCCCCUCCCCUCCACUGCUUUUCUAGAGUUGGGUCCCCAGUCCCUCUGCCCCUUUCUUGAGUGGGUGGGACAUGAACUGGGAGGCCAGGUCAUUUCCUGGAGCUUAAAACAGCCUCUUCUUCUCCAGGCCCCCUCACCCCAAAGGCCCAACCCAUUCCGGACCGUGUAAAAUCCCAGAUGCUUGUUAAAUUCCCUGGCACACAUCCUAGUUGGCUCACAUUGGUGGAUUGUGUCUCUGCGUGUGCGUUCAUUUGUGUGUUGAUUAAUGGAGUGACUGAGGUUUUUUCCCUCUCUCUCACUCGCUGUUUCUCUCACACACGCGCGCGCACCACGGUCUGCAGUUUCCCUUCUCCCCGAGCAGAACAAUGCGAGGCCCAGAACAGAAUCCCAAAGCCCAGGGAGGAAGGUCUUCCACGCCAUGGCCACCCGCUGGCCACACUAUUCUCCCCCUGCCCCGUGUCCCUUACAAAACUGUGACUGAAGUUCAGAGCAAUAGAGAUACUGGCAUGCGGGAGGGAAGGGGACCCACCUCCCCACUCCCUGCUGGCAUGAAUCACGCCAGGCCUGCCCCCGUGUUACCUCAGACCACCAACCGACCUGUCCCCCUCCCUCCACCUGUUCUGCUCCCCGUGUCCCGUUCACCCCAGAGUGUCUGUCUCUCCGUGCACCAUCUGUCUAUCCAUGCUAGAUUCUCUCUCUGCCCCCAGCCCCUCUCUUUUUCUUGCUGAUACCAAUGCCUUUCUGCUUCAUCCCACAUAGCACCUUUAACCCCCCCUCCCCUCCCCUCCCCAACAACAAUAAAAGAAGUGAUA